AUGAUUCCUCAAGCUCUUCAAGUGACGAAAUGGAUAUCUCUGUCUGCUCCCAGGAUUCCUUACUCAAUAUUACGUUACAUUUACUUCACUGUCGCUGCUCCGGGAUCAACAGGCGAUGCCAGAGCAGUCGCCCGUUGUGAAAAUCUGGUAGAAUGGAUCAACAAUUUACCGAAUGAAGCUUUUGUUGGAGGCGACAACGCUUACCAACUUUCUGACAGUCUUGUUAUACCCUUUAGCGGUGCAGAGAGGUAUGAAGAAUUGAAGAGAACUUUCAACUUCUACCUGUCACAACUCCGUAUCCGAAUCGAAAUGUCCUUUGGUCGCUUAUCAACAAAGUGGCGCAUCUUUCGGACUAAGCUUUCUUUCAAGAUGGAUAAAAACAUAAAGAUUAUCCAAGUUGCUUCGCGACUUCACAAUUUUGUUAUUGACCAGCAAGAAAUCGAAAAAAUACAACUACAAGGAACUGAAAGUAUGGCACAACUCAGAACCAUUGCUGCGAUCGAUCGAUUGGAAGGUUACGACAAAUUCAUUGGAGACAACCUUGGGUACCUUCCCAGUGAGCGACCUGCCAGGUUGCGACCUCGAAUGAAGGAUACUCACGUUUCUCAAAAUGAAUCCAGUGACUCUCAAAACGAAUCCAGUGAAUCUAACCAAUCAGAUGAAGAAUCAACAGACGAAAUGUCAGUGGACUUUGAGACUGCAAGCAAGCGCCAAUCGAUUUUGGAAUUAGUUGAAGAAUUGCGUCUUGUCCGCCCCGAUCGUAACAGAGAGAGAAACAACUAA